AUGACGGUUCAAGAUGCUCGUUUCUCUCUUCCUGAAACCCUCUGGGAUAAAGCACUCACGCGUUUCGAUGACCUCAAGUCAACCGGCAAACUCUUCCACGGUCCAUAUGAAACCACAUUGUACCAGAAAGAUGACUUGAAUGUCGCUUUUCAACUGGCACCACAACUCAACAAGAAGCCGAUUCUCCCGGCCGACGCACCUGAGCGCAAGUCAAACCAUGUCAAGCGUAACCCGUUUGCCAAUCCCGACCCAGAAUUCACGCUGUGUCACGUUGGGUCUUCGCAUACUCUCAUGCUCAACAUGUACUGCGUCUACCGUCCAAGUCUCAUUCUUGUUACUCGUCAAUACGCACCACAGUCUGACUUGCUUGACGCUUCCGAUCUUGGAGCAUCAUGGACCGUGCUGCAGCAUCUUUCGAGAACCCAGGCGGAAUCGCGCUUGAUGAUGUUUUAUAACUGUGGCGCCGAAUCAGGUUCUAGUCAAGGACACAAGCAUAUGCAGAUCAUGCCAUAUCCACAGCCUGAGGAGAUAGGGUUUCAGAUCUUCCCAGCGCGGGCAGAGUCAACGGACCAGGUAACCAGUGGUCUGUCAGGUGUGCCAUACGCACACUUUGUGUUGAAGUUGCCAGUCAACAGCACCAUCGACGAUGUUGCCAAAGCCCACGGAAUCUUACAAUCAGCUUAUCAAGAGUUUUUAAACGGUCGAGGACACGAAGUCUCGCCUUCGCCGCCGCACAAUCUCUUGCUAACAUCUUCUUGGAUCUGCCUUGUCCCUCGUCGACACUCUGGGGCUGAGCGAGACGCUCUCACGAAUGCCAUGGGCAUGGCUGGAAUAGUCUGGGUGGCCAAUGAAAGCGAGAUAGCCGAAUGGUCUAAUGCCUCGGGAUCUGUCGAGGGUCACUUUGAGUAUCUGGGGUAUCCUGUCCCGAGCUAA